AUGGGAAGAAAGAAAAAGCAGGUUACUCUAAUUGAUUUGGAGUGUUAUACGUUUUGUUAUGAAUUGAUUUAUUCCGAUAAGGAUACUAGGGAUUGUUUCUUUGAUUAUUUGAUAACCACUCAUAAUGAAGAGGCCAUUUACUUUAUUCAAAAAGUACAACAAUUUAAAAAGAAGGAUUUGACCAAUAACAAGAAGGCCAAACUUGCAAUUGAAAUAUUUAAUUGUUAUUUGAAAGAUGGUGGAAAAUACGAAUUGAAUUUAUCAUCAAAAGAUAGACAACACAUCAAGGAAGAGUACGAAAAGGUUGGACAGUUGGAUAAUUGCGAAACCUGUCUUCUUUCCGAUAAUAUAUUUACUGCUCUGGAGCAGCAAAUUCACUUGAGUUUGAAAGAAGCUAAUUUUCCACAUUUCAUCAAAUCUCCUAAAUUCAGAGAGCUUGCCAUGAAGCAAACAACAGAUUUCCUGGAUAAGAUUGGUUUUAGAAUGAAUGCUAAAAAGAUUGAUAUUAUUCAAAGAUUACUGGGUUCUUCAUCAUCUAUAAUUGCAUCACCUUCAACACAAAGUUUGGCAAGUCUUGAUGGUUCAAUGGACUCUUUUAGAUUGAGUGAAAGUCUCACAGGUCCAAUUAUUGAUCCAAAUGCCUUCCUCAGAGGAGAAUCAUCAAAUGGUUGGAAAUUAUUGGACAAACAUUCACAUAUUACUGUGGAAGAUUUCAGAUUUAUGGCAUGCAAGGUUUUCGAAAAGGAUUCCAAAGCUCAAGACAUGAGCAAAUUCUUCCAAAAUUUGGUUGGUGAUCCAUCUGCAGAUAGCACAUCAAGAAGACAAUCAGCUCCAAACUUGGCAAGUAAAUCUGCAUCCUAUUCAGAGAGAUCAAUGUCUCUCUCAGUCAACAACUCUCCAAGUCUCCAACGAUACAAUAGCGAAAAUAAUAAUGUGAGAAAAAUUUCAAUAGAUUCAUCUAGUAAUGUGACGGAAUAUUUUGAGGAUAUGUGGACAAAGAGUGAGAAGAAGACAUCCAAUUACACACUGUAUAGUUAUGAUUUGAAAACUUCAAUGUUCGACGAGGCAGAUACUGAUGUUAUGGAAUCACUGAAAAAUAUUCACAUAUUCAAGACUGAAGUGGAAUAUCCUUACAAUGUAGAUUUUGUUGUGGAAACAUUCGCCAGAUCACAGUAUAGAAUUGAUUUUGACAAUAUGUUGAAAGAAUCAUUUUCUCUCGAUUUUAUGCACGUUCAUCAACCUCCAAGUGAGGGUGAGGUUAGACGUGAGGAAGUUUCGAGUAGCAUGUUACAAGAGGUUUGGCGAUUUUCCUACUCACUUCUCAAUCUCAAAGAUAGAAGUUUCAUUGUCGAGUCGAGUCUCAUGUACGAUGAGCAGAAUAGAGCUUAUUUACUAUUGAAAAAAUCAGUAGAUAAUGUCAUUAUUGAUGAUAGUGAUUGUGUCAGAGGUCGUCUCUUGCAAUUAAUGGUAUUUGAGAGAAAGGAGAAGGAAAAGACAAUCAUGACAGAUUUUGUAGUUUUGGAUAUGAAGGACAGUGUAAAUAAUAUAAUUUUUGAGAAUUGUGUUGCCAAGAGAGCAAAAGAGUUUUACGAUAAGGGAAUGUCUGCUCUAAAAGCAAACAUGGAACUCAUCAAACAUAACUUCCCAACACCAAGCGAUAGCGACCGUAUUUUGGAAACACUUGUCAAUAAUAACAAGUGUGGAUAUUGUAAACUAGGAUUCAAACUGAGGACGAAUAAUAAUUCUGAUCUAGAUGACCUGGACGAUUUGUAA